CUCAAUCGCUCAACCAAUCACAGCAGCCAGUGCUAAAGCUAAAAGGAAAAAGAACAGAAUAUAUCCAUUCCCUCUACUGUUCUUAUUCCUCUCGUAGCAGUAGCAUUUCCCACCUCCUUCCUCACUUCCUCCAUCUAACAAGCAGUAGCCAUAGAAGUCAAGAGGACAAACAAACCUAUUCAAUAUCUCUCUCUCCUUACCGCGUUCUCUCCGUUCCAAGUUCCGCGUCGUAAACGACGGACUCGAAUCCUUAGACUUCCAUGCAUCACUUCUCUCUCUUAGCUGCCUAACUUCCACUUUAAAGUCUCCAGCACUAAUAUCCUUCGUCUCCCCUCCACCCCAUGAUUUCCAUUAAAACUCGCAGCACAAACUAACUUAUCACGAAAAUGAAAGAAAUGGAAAACCACAACAACCAUCACCACCACCACCACCACCUUGGCGUCAACAAGCUCGGAAGACCCAUCAAGAAGAUCCCCGCCGCCCCGGCCCACCGCCCCACGCUGCCCGCGCCGCCGCAAGCCCGCAUCUAUAACAUCAGCAAGAACGACUUCCGCUCCGUCGUCCAGCAGCUCACCGGCACCCCCACUCGCGACUCCUCCUCCUCCUGCUCCUCCUCCUCCUCCGCCGCCGCCGCCGCCCGCCAUCCCCGUGCCAGCCUUCGCCUCCAGCAAAUCCGCCCGCCUCCUCUCGCCCCGCUCCCCCGCCCGAACCCCGAUCCCAACCCCUCCAUCAUCGCUGACUACAUGCGCUUCUUCGAGAACUCCCUCCUCCACUCCGACAGCUCUCGCCCGACGCCGCCGCCCGCUCCCCCCGCCUUCCCGUCGCCAAGGGUCGGCCCCUUGCUGCCGUCGCCGGGGCCGUUCGCGCUGCAGUCGCCGAGCGGGUUUCUGAAUUUGGUCUCGCCGCGGUCGCCGUACCCGCUGCUGUCGCCGGGGAUCCAGCACCCCCCUCCGCUUACUCCGAGCUUCCCCUUGUCGCCGGGGUUCCUGCGGCCCAGGCCGCCGCCUCCGCCGCCGUCGCCGGGGUUCUUUCCGCCGUCGCCCUCCGCGUUGUUUCCCUUCGCCCACCCCGGAUGGAGGGAUAUGUAACAUUUUUCUGUGAUCUUUGCGAGUCGCAAGCAAUUUCCGUAGAAGUGUAAAAUAUAACGAAACUUUUCUGAUUUGGUGAUUUGGACUCUCAACUAGAAGCAAAUUGAAAAAAAAAACACACCCACACACAAAGAAAAAGGGGAAAAUAUUUUUUUUCCUUCUUUUUCCAAUCGCUUGUAUCAUUGGUUGACAGAAGCAGGCGGCCUCUAGCUCAGAUAAUAUAGGGAGGUGAAAUAAAUUGGGUGGGUGAAUAGAAAUUCUUGUACUGCUAUCA